AGCCCUUUAUGCCUUGACAUCAGCUGUUCUCCUGCAGACCAGUGGCGUCCUGCAGGAAGAGAGAGGAGCGCAGAUCGGUGGCAUAAUGUUUCUUUUCUUAAUUAUCGCGAGUCUCGGGCUGGUGAUGAUACUGGUGGUUUUAUUUGCAUCACAUAUAAGACAAUAUGCAGCAGGAGGAGUGUGUAAAUCUACAGAGAGGCUGGAUGGGAAGACAGUUCUCAUUACAGGAGCGAACACAGGCAUUGGGAAAGAGACCGCCCUGGACCUGGCAGCGCGAGGGGCUCGGGUGAUUAUGGCGUGCAGAGAUGUGGAGAAGGGCGAGGAGGCUGCAGCCAGCAUACAGGCCGCUUAUCCAGAAGCACAGGUAGAAGUUCGGGAACUGGAUUUGGCAGAUACCUGUUCUAUACGAGCCUUUGCACAGAAAUUCCUAAGAGAGGUCAACCAGCUACAUAUCCUCAUCAACAAUGCUGGGGUGAUGAUGUGCCCCUACACCAAAACCACUGAUGGCUUUGAAAUGCAUAUUGGAGUCAAUCACUUGGGUCACUUCCUGUUGACGUACCUCCUCAUCGGGCUGAUGAAGCGCAGCGCGCCGGCCCGCGUGGUGGUGGUCUCCUCCCUGGCGCACAACUUCGGCUGGAUCCGCUUCCACGACCUUCACAGCCAGGGCAGCUACAACAGCGGCUUAGCGUACUGCCAGAGCAAACUGGCCAAUGUUCUCUUUGCCAGAGAGCUGGCCCGUCGCCUCAAAGAUACGAACGUGACGGUGAACUCGGUCCACCCGGGGACGGUGAACUCUGACCUCACCAGACACUCGACGCUUAUGACGAUAAUGUUCACCGUCUUCUCCAUGUUCCUGAAAACGCCGCGGGAAGGAGCACAGACCAGCAUCUACUGCGCCGUGGCAGAGGAGCUACACUCGGUCUCUGGGAAACACUUCAGCGACUGCGCCCCCGCCUUCGUAGCACCACAGGGACGAAGUGAGGAGACGGCGAGGAGGCUGUGGGACAUCAGCUGCGAGCUCCUCGCCAUCGAGUGGGACUGAUUCCACUUGGAAGCGCCAACUAUCUCAGUUCUAAGGAGUCCUCAGCAUUUCUGCUACCAUUCAAUUCAUUAGUUUCAUCAUGGUUUUGAUGUUCUGUGCUCUCUAAUAAGCAGUCAGGUAAUGAUAUUUGAGGUACCAUUAUGUGAUGUUGCUUUUUUGUGUAUUAAUGCAGUAAGUACCUUUUAUAACAGAGUAUUUUGGUGCUUUACAGCAGAUUUACAAAACCAAAACAACUCAAUUAUAUUAUCAUAUAACCACAAAAAGCAUUUCUCUAUAUUUUUGUGACACAAUGUGAAGACAGUGUAGGCAAAAAAGCAACUCAAUGUAUUGUAAUGCUGUAGGAUACUGUGACGGGUGGAGCCAGGGUAAAAGACCAGCAUCUUUAUCGACUUUCUGUUUGGUUUCCUUUCUCACGCCUCCAGAAUUUGCAGCUAAACUGACUUUUUGUGCCGGCGGUUGUAUCCGUCACCAGGUUCAAAAGGAUCAGUGUCCAUCUGAGCCACGAAUACUGCCUGAAUUACAUACAGUACUCCUGGAGAGCUGUUUUCCCAUUCGCAUUGCCAAGAGCUGCACAUUCUUAUAUGUUUAAUUAUCGACCAAGUCCCGUUUCCUUCUCAGCAUUAAACAAAGGUUGCCAAGAGUUUACAUUCUGUGUUUUAUACAAGUUUAACAUGCCUUUUACUAAACUUACAUUCAUGUUAAGAGUUGAAUGUUUACAUUUGAUGUAAAUAAAAGAUAAUAUUACUAGAA